CACGUGUGAUUUGCUGCGGAGCGAACUACAUCUCCCGGCAGGCUGCGGAGGGGUUCGGGUAGGAGGACCGUCGCCCGGCCUCCCUUAGUUUCCCGAAGCGGAUCAGGUCCCACCUUGGAGAGGAUGGAGGUGACCGGGCAAGCCGGGGCACCAGAACCUGGCGAGAUCCGGAUUCUAAAGCCGUGUGUGCUGCGCCGCAACUACAGCCGGGAACAGCACGGCGUGGCCGCCUCCUGCCUCGAGGACCUGAGGAGCAAGGCCUGUGACAUUCUGGCCAUUGAUAAGUCCCUGACACCAAUCACCCUGGUCCUGGCGGAAGAUGGCACCAUAGUGGAUGAUGACGAUUACUUUCUGUGUCUACCUUCCAAUACUAAGUUUGUGGCAUUGGCCAAUAAUGAGAAGUGGGCAUACAACAAUUCAGAUGGAGGUACAGCUUGGAUUUCCCAAGAGUCCUUUGAUGCAGAUGAAACAGACAGCGGGGCAGGGGUGAAGUGGAAGAAUGUGGCCAGGCAGCUGAAGGAAGACCUGUCCAGCAUCAUCCUCCUGUCCGAGGACGACCUCCAGAUGCUUGUUGACGUUCCCUGCUCAGACCUGGCGCAGGAACUACACCAAAGUUGUGCCACCGUCCAGGGGCUGCAGCACACACUCCAGCAAGUGCUUGACCAGAGAGAGGAAGUGCGCCGGUCCAAGCAGCUCCUGCAGCUGUACCUCCAGGCUUUGGAGAAAGAGGGCAGCGUCUUGUCAAAGCAGGAAGAGCCCAAAGCUGCCUUUGGUGAGGAGGCGGAUGCAGUAGACACUGGUAUCAGCGGAGAGGCCUCCUCGGAUGUUGCACUGGCGAGCCACAUCCUUACUGCACUGAGGGAGAAGCCGGCUCCAGAACUGAGCUUAUCUAGCCAGGAUUUGGAGCUGGUUACCAAGGAAGACCCCAGAGCACUGGCUGUAGCUUUGAACUGGGACGUAGAGAAGACGGAGGCUGUUCAGGAGGCCUGUGACCGGGAGCUCGCCCUGCGCCUGCAGCAGAUGCAGAGCCUGCAUUCUCUCCGGAGCAUCUCUGCCAGGAAGACCUCACUGCCUGGAGAACCACAGAAUCCUAAGCGAGCCAGACAGGAUCACACAUAGCAGCGGGAAGUGUGCCAAGGAAACGCGAGGCCUUGUUUAUCGGUAUUCACCCUCAGCCUGAGCAUUUGACUACCUGUGUACUACUCUGCCCUCUGCCUUAGAGUGCGUUCCAGAAAAGCUAUUCCAGGUCUCAACAUACGCCCUUCCACCAAUUCUGUACUUUUUUUUAAUUUAUUUAUUUCAGCCCCACAAGCUUCAGGACUUCUGCCAAUUUUGAAUGAUAUAGCUGCACCAACAAUAUCCCCCCUCCUCUAAUUACAUAUUCUUAUGUUCUCUGUUCA